UGUCGAUAAAUCCGCGGUCACACUGCUUCACAUUGUUGUAGCGUCUGUGAAAAAAAAUUUAUUUUUUUCUAAAUACUCUAAAUAAUAGCUAAACUACUUGCAAUGGAAGGUGCCCAUAUUGUUGUUGAUACCAACGAUGUAGCGCCUGGCAACACGCAGAGCAUUCCUGUGCCCGUAGUUAUUUCGAACCCUACCGUUUCCACCGUGGGCGUGACUUCCUUGCCAGCGACGCCAGCAGCAGCAGCCACUGUGACGGCGACUCCUUUGCGAAAUCCAAUUCACAAUCUUCCCAUUGAGUUGCAAAAUGACCAGAAGCGCAGGAGCUCCUCGCGCACCAUCAAACGAAAGCGUUUUGAUGAUGAAAUCGUCGAGUACAACAUCACUGUGCCCACAAGUCGUGGAGGAGCAGACCCCAGCCGGCGGGACAGGCCACGCACUAGUUCCCAAAACUAUCCAGCUCUAAUGGGAAUACCCACAUCCCUUAAUAUGCAUACAGCACCCGUUGCCAUGCCGGAGACUCCUUCUACACCCGGAUUAGUGGAGGGCCUUUUGCCUGGGCCUCCAAGUGGUACCGUGGCAACUGCUCCCCUGGCCACGCCCACUGCUGUAGCGCCAGUCACACCAGUGCCUCAAGCUGUGCCAGUGAAUCCGAAGCCAGUCGUGGAACGUGCUCCAGCCACCGAAAAACGUUCGACCGUACGUGCCGGGCGUCCGACCAACAAGAGGUCGCAGCGCCGCAAUGGCCGUCCUUUGGCACAGCUGGCCACCAAAGAUCUGGGACGCUGGAAGCCCUGCGACGACAUGGCUUUGAUCAUCGGCAUUCAGCAGACGAACGAUUUGCGCUUGAUCCAUCGCGGUGUUAAGUUCUCUUGCAAGUUUACGGCCCAGGAGCUGCAGCAGCGUUGGUAUGCACUGCUCUACGAGCCGGCAGUGUCGCGGAUUGCCGUCUCCGCAAUGCGUAAUUUGCACCCCGAAAUGGUAGAGUCCAUACAGAGGAAGGCGCCCUACAGUAUCCAGGAGGAGGAAAUGCUGGGAACCAUCAGUAGUACCGAAACACCAAAGCUGGAUCACUUCCAGAAGCUGCUCGACAAGAAUGCGGGUGUUUUCUACUGCGCCCGCACCGCCAAGUCGCUGCAAAACCACUGGCUGCUCCUUAAGCAGUACAGCCUGCUGCCGGACCAGGUCGUGCAGCCGCUGCAUGGCUUGGAGCAGACGUUGCUGAGCUUUUCCGAUGCAGAGGAACAGGUUUUCGAGAAUGAUGUAAAUGAAACGCGCGAUGAGGCACUGGAAAUGGAAAUGGCCCUUACGGAUCGCCGCAACAAGCGGGACAUUCGCGUUCUGGAGAACGAGUUGUCGCGUUGGGGCGUCCUGGUGGACUCAGUGCUGGGACCGACGGCUGCCUCGGAGUUCGACAGCCAGACCCUGGCCUGUUUGUGCGGCCGCAAGGUGCGCUACCUGAUGCGCUCCAAGGAGAUAACAUUCGGACGCGAUGCCAAGGACUAUUUGAUUGAUGUGGAUCUGUCGCUGGAGGGUGCAGCUGCAAAGAUCUCUCGCCGCCAGGGCACCAUUAAGCUGCGCAGCAACGGCGACUUCUUCAUUGCCAACGAGGGCAAGCGGGCCAUUUUCAUCAACGGUACGCCCCUGCUGACGGGCAUGAAGACGCGCCUGGCCCACAACUGCACAAUGGAGAUGUGCGGACUGCGCCUAACCUUUCUGGUAAACUACGAGCUCAUCAAUGCCAUACGCCACGAGAGCGCCAAAACAUCGAAUUCCUUGAAUUAGCUUCGCUUAGAGUGUCGCAAACAAAUCUAUUCCAUAAGUCUAAAGUUAAUGUUCAACAAGAAACGAGUUCAGUAUGAAAUAACAAACAAUCAGUGUAACCUCA